AUGUUGACGAUGAUGCUCACUGUCCUGGCCAUUUACCUCAGUACCCUCCUGGAAAUGGGUGACUGCCAGCUGCUCGUCAGCGCUCUCCGGCAAAAACGCGACAAGCUCUCAGUCAGAGGUCAUCAUAUGAACCACACGGUGAUGAUCAAACAGCAGCCCAUUGUCUUUAACCAUGUCUACAACAUCAACGUGCCCAUGGAUUCGCUAUGUUCCGUCAGGUUGGACAGCUCCUCAGAACAGACCGAGUCUAUGCAGGAUGAGGACGUCAGCCAAGACAGCGAACAAAACCUGGACAGUCAGGUAGCUUUCACUCACAAUAUUCACAUUCCGAAACAAAUGUGUGACUGCCCGCACUUCAACCUGCUCCGGAGCGCCCUCGAAAGGCUCAAAAUGCUGGAGAGAGAGGUAUCUAUCCUCAGGCAGCAGUGCAGCACCCGCUGCUUGGGACAGGGAUCAGCUUCAGGUCGGAUUGACUAUGCCCCCAUGUGUAAUGGCCAUGGUAACUUCAGCAUGGAGACAUGCGACUGUAGCUGUGAACUUGGCUGGACGGGCAAGGGCUGUUCAGUGCAAUGCUGCCAGUCCAACUGCAGUGGGCAUGGGCUGUGUGUCAAUGGCCAAUGCCUCUGUGACCAGGGCUACACAGGCCAGGACUGCAGUGAGCUGCAAUGCCCUGGGAACUGCAGUGGGCACGGGCUAUGUGUGGAAGCAGAGUGUGUGUGUGAGACACCAUACACUGGAGAAGACUGUGGGCAGCUGAGGUGUCUCAACAACUGUAGCCAGAAUGGGCAAUGUAACCAAGGCACAUGCUUCUGUCAAGAGGGCUACACUGGACAGGACUGUGGGCAAGUGUUUCCACCACAACGCCUCCGAGUUACCAGUGUUACGGAUCGUAGCAUUGCCCUGGAGUGGGAGAGGUCUGUAAUCAUCACUGAGUAUCUCAUCACCUACACUCCCAACAUUGUAGAUGGGCUACAGUCAGAACUGCGUGUCACAGGGGAUUGGACAGCAGCUAACAUUACAGGGCUGGAGCCUGGCAUUGAAUACAGCAUUCAAGUUUACGCUGUGCUGAAUAAUCAGCUGAGUGUUCCCAUCAACUCACGGAUAACCACUCACCUGCCCACGCCUCAGGGUCUUCGCUUUAAAUCUAUCUCGGAAACAGCUGUGGAGGUGCAAUGGGAACCAUUCCAGUUUACGUUUGAUGGCUGGGAGAUCAGCUUUAUUGCAAAGAGUAAUGAAGGUGGAAUGGUGCUUCAGCUCCCCAGUACUGUCACAGCCUACAAUCAGUCAGGCCUGAGGCCUGGGGAGGAAUACACAGUCAAUGUGGUCGCAAUUAAAGAGCACAGCAGGAGCUCCCCGGCUACAGCCAUGGUAUCAACACUGAUUGAUGGGCCAAAUAAGAUCAUCGUCAGGGAGGUGGCUGAUACUGUCGCCUUUGUUGAAUGGACACCUCCGAGGGCCCACGUGGACUAUGUGCUACUGUCAUACGGACUCACCAGUGGGGCGAGCGAGAAGACUGUGCUAAAACUGCAGCCCAGCCUGAGCCAGUUCUCCCUGCAGAACCUGAGACCCGCGUCUCAGUACGAGGUGUCAGUCACAGGCAUUCACGAUGGCGGACAGAGUCAGACCGUGACAACAGCCUUUACCACAGAGCUUGAUGCUCCCAGGAACCUGCGUGUGGUGAGUCCCGGGGACAGCAGGCUAGAGGUGGAAUGGGACAACAGCCAAGCUGAUGUUGACAAGUACAGGGUGGUGUACAGUACCCUGGCAGGCGGGCAGUACCAUGAGCUGAUUGUGCCCAAAAACAUAGGGCCAACGAGCAAAGUCACUCUGACGGACCUAUUGCCUGGAACCGAGUAUGGGAUAGGAAUAUCAGCCAUAAAGGAGACUAAACAGAGUGUUCCAGCCACCAUGAACGCAAGGACUGAGCUGGAUCGUCCUCUUGGCUUCACUGUGGCAGCCUCGUCCAACAGCAGCAUCUCCCUGGUGUGGACACAGAUCCGGGGCCCUGUCGAUCACUACCAGGUCAGCUACAGUACAGCAACGGGUGUCAAUUCACAGGUGACCGUUCCAAAGGGCAAUACUACCGUGACCCUCAAUAACCUGGAGCCCCACACAAAGUACAACCUGUCGAUCGUGGCAGUACGAGGCUGGCAGCAGAGCUAUCCGUCUAUCACCGAGGGCAUGACAGGUUACUACCCAGUGCAGGAGUUACUGUUCUCCGAAAUCACGGAGAACUCUGUCAAUGUGUCCUGGCAGCAGCCAACUUCUGCCACUGACGUCUUUAUUCUAAAUUAUAAUCCCCGCUCGCAUGGAGAGACAAAGCAAUUGAUAGUGAAUGGCAGAGAGACCCAUACAACACUCUCCAACCUCCAGCCUGGAGUAGAUUAUCUGGUCACAUUGCUUGCUGUGCAGGGAACGGUCACUGCAGAGCCUGUGCUGGGAUCAUUCACAACAGCCUUGGACCCACCUCGGAAUGUAACGUUCACUAAUGUUUCCGAGGACUCGGUGACAGUGGUGUGGAGCAGGCCUGUUGCUGCCUUCGAUCAUUACCAGAUGCUGUACCAGCCAGCGGCUGUCCUACAGGGGUCGGCUGAGAGUGUGGUCAUUGAAUCAUAUCUUACCGAGUACACCCUGACUGACUUACAGCCAGCGACGGAGUACAAGGUGAAUUUAAACACAGUGCGAGGACUCGCUGAGAGUCGGUUCAUUUCAAACACUGUUCAGACAGCCAUGGACAAGCCCCUGGGCGUGCGGGUUCUGAACAUGACUCCCACAGAAGCCGUGCUCGAAUGGAUUGCACCUCAGGCCACAGUGGAAAACUAUGUUAUCUUCUUAACACAAAACCAGCUUGUUGCUAACACUGUCCAUGCUGAUGGAGAGAUGACACGGUACCAGCUCAGCGGACUCCAGCCGUUCACGAAUUACUCCGUCACCAUCUACGCUGUCAGAGAUUUCCUGACCAGUGUCUCAGCCUCCACCAACUUUCUUACUCCUCUGGAUCCUCCUCGAAACCUGACGGUGAGUGAGGUGACUCGGCGCAGUGCUCUCAUUUCCUGGUUACCUCCUGUGGCUGACAUUGAGAACUACGUGCUGGUGUACAAGGACCACAGUGGGCAGCAGAAGGAGCUGAUCCUCGAUGCAGACGAUACUUGGAUUCGACUAGAGGGCCUGUCCGAAACAACAGAGUACUCACUGGGGCUGCAGUCAGCAUAUGGCACCAUGAGGAGCACAACAGAACAUGCCUCGUUCACUACAGCCGGACGCCUCUACCCACACCCUUGGGACUGCACUCAGCACCUGCUCAACGGGGACACUAUCAGCGGCAUCUACACCAUCUACCUCAAUGGAGAGCCACAGCAAAGCAUGCAAGUCUACUGUGACAUGACCACAGAUGGUGGUGGCUGGCUAGUGCUCCAGAGGCGGCAGAAUGGACUGACAGACUUUGCACGGAAGUGGGCAGAUUAUCGAGUGGGCUUUGGAAAUCUGGAGGAUGAAUUCUGGCUGGGGUUGGACAACAUUCACAAGAUCUCUGCCCAAACCAGAUACGAACUGCGAAUUGAUCUCCGUGAUGGCCGCGAAUCAGUCUAUGCAACCUAUGAUCGAUUUUACUUGAGUGAUGCCCGGAACCUGUACAAGCUGAGGAUUGGAGAUUACAAUGGGACAGCUGGGGACUCCCUUUCCUAUCACCAGGGACGCCCAUUCUCCACCAAGGACCGGGACAACGAUGUUGCGAUCACAAACUGUGCCUUGUCUUACAAGGGAGCCUGGUGGUAUAAAAACUGUCAUCGCGCUAAUCUCAACGGAAAAUAUGGGGAGAAUCGCCACAGUCAGGGUAUAAACUGGUUCAGCUGGAGAGGUCACGAGCUGUCCAUUCCAUUUGUUGAGAUGAAGGUGCGACCCUCCGACUUCAAAGCAAUGAUGUGGAGAGGCAGCCGCUCCCUGCCUUUACAAUGA